AUGAUGGUGAGGCGGCGGAUGGUGGCGGCGGCGCUGCUGGUGCUGGCCAUGGUGGCGGCCGGCGCGGGCGUGGCCGCGGCGCAGCUCCGGCGCAACUACUACGCCGGCGUCUGCCCCAACGUGGAGUCCGUGGUCCGGGACGCCGUGUCGAAGAAGUUCCAGCAGACGUUCGUCACCGUCGGCGCCACCGUCCGCCUCUUCUUCCACGACUGCUUCGUCGGCGGCUGCGACGCGUCGGUGGUCGUCGCGUCGACGGCGAACAACACGGCGGAGAAGGACCACCCGAACAACCUCUCCCUCGCCGGGGACGGCUUCGACACCGUCAUCAGGGCCAAGGCCGCCGUCGACGCCGUGCCGGGCUGCCGCGACAGGGUCUCCUGCGCCGACAUACUCGCCAUGGCCACCAGGGACGCCAUCGCACUGGCCGGCGGUCCGUCGUACGCGGUGGAGCUGGGGCGGCUGGACGGGCUGAGCUCGACGGCGAGCAGCGUCAACGGGAGGCUGCCGCCGCCGAGCUUCAACCUCGACCAACUCACGGCGCUCUUCGCCGCCAACGGCCUCUCGCAGGCCGACAUGAUCGCCCUCUCCGCGGGGCACACGGUGGGGUUCGCGCAUUGCAACACAUUCUCGGGCCGGAUCCGUGGGCCGUCCAUGGACCCGACGAUGAGCCCACGCUACGCGGCGCAGCUACAGAAGUCGUGCCCGCCCAACGUGGACCCGCGGAUCGCCGUGGCCAUGGACCCGGUGACGCCGCGGGCCUUCGACAACCAGUACUUCAAGAACCUGCAGAACGGGAUGGGCCUUCUGGGCUCCGACCAGGUGCUGUACUCGGACCCACGGUCCAGGCCCAUCGUGGACUCUUGGGCCCAGAGCAGCGUGGCCUUCAACCAGGCCUUCGUGACGGCCAUGACCAAGUUGGGCCGGGUUGGGGUCAAGACCGGGCCGCAGGGCAACAUUCGUCGCAACUGUGCUGUGCUCAAUUAAUCCCAAAGUUAAAUUACAUAUUGCUUUCGUUUAUUUACACAAUUGUAAAGGAAAAAAUUACAUAAUGAGAGUUUAAGCCAUAUAUAUAGAUGCAUGUGUAAACUAUAAUUGAACUGGUUGGUUAUAAAGUUGUUUUUGGUGGUGAUGCAUCAUGUAA